AUGAAAUCAAUCUAUUGGUUUCUAUUGAUAUUGGGGUUUUUAUCAACACAAAUAUCGGCUGCUUAUGUUCGAACUUUUACGUGUGAUUCUAAUAGGAGAAUUAUUGAUGGUAAUGAAAAAAAUGGUUCACCUUUAUUUGAUAAAACAAGUCCUAUAGCUGAGGUUAUGAUAAGAGAUGAAAAUAUCAUAUAUAGGUUAGAAUUUGUUACAAGUAUGGAAAUUAGUGAUAUCAAUUAUACAACAAAUAGUAUUACAACUCUUCAAAUUGAUUCUAGUUUUUUAAAUGGAGUUGUUUUAUUUGAAAAAAAAAGAUUAUGUGAUUAUGUUUCUAUAGUACCCAAUGUUUCUAAUGAAACAAAUCAUGAUCAUAAUUUAUGGCCAGAUGAAGAUAUUCCUUUGGAAGAAUUGUUAGGUCUUACUUCAUCAGAUAAUAAUAAUUCAAUAUCUCAAAAUUCUAUAAAUUCUAAUGAAAUUUCAACACAAACAUCACUUUUACAACCUCAUCAAUCAUUAACAACUGGUCCAUUUGUUGUGCCAUCAGAUACCCAUUCAACACCACCAAUAAUUAUUAAAAGAGAUCAAGAUGUAUCAUUCCAUAGAGAUAGUGUUUGUCCUUUAAAACCUGGUAUUAGAUAUCAAAUUUUAUUUGCUGCAAAUACUUCAUCACCAAGAUUUUUCGGUUCAUAUGAAACAAAAUUUACUAUAUUAAGUGCUGAUCAAGAAAUUGGAUGUAUUCAAGUUUAUGCUACACCUUAUCAUCCAAUUUAUAUAACAUAUUCAAUUUGUUUUGGUGUUAUGGCAAUUUUCAUUUUUGGAUUUUUCACAAAUUUUUAUAUUUUCCAUUAUAGUAUUCAUCAAGAAACUACAAAUGUUUUCCUUUUCAUGGCUUCAAGUAUAUGUAAUGAACCUUUAUUAAAUGAAUUAACACCUGAUUUAACAAUGCUUUUAAAUUUUUUACAAUUUGUUUUAUUUUCUUUAGCUUUAAAUUUAGCAUAUCCAGGUUUUUUACAACCUAUUGCAUCAUUUAUUAAUUGGGUUUGUUUAAUUAGAAUUGAUCUUUUUUCUAAUGCUUUCAUAAAUCCAAUGUCAAAGAAUGGUGUUUAUAAAACCUUAGGUAUGCAAGGUUUAUUUGGUAUUUUCCCUGAAACUGGUGCACCAGAUGGAUUAACUGCAUCAAAUAUGUGGAAAAGUUUUAUUACAUGGUGUUGGAUAGCUACAUUAUUUUUAAUUAUUGUUACACAAAUCUUUAUAAGUAUAAAGCAAUUUUUAACAAAAAAUUAUAAAAUUUCAGGUUUAAAAUCAAGAAUAACAAAUUCAAUUGGAAUUAUAACACAACUUUUUUAUUGUGUUUUCCCUUUACCAUUUGUUGCAUUUUCAAGUUUUUUAAUCUUGGGUUUAAGUACAAAAGCUCCAAAUAUUGAAAUUAGUUCUUCAAUAGUUUGUAUUAUUUUUUUCAUAAUUUGGUUAUUUGGUAUUGGAUGGUUUUCUUAUAUGUAUCUUAUUACCAAGAGAGAAAAAUUAUAUUCAUCAUUUAAUGUUAUUUCAUGUUGGAGUUCACUUUAUCAUUGGUAUAAACCAGAAUGUUCAUAUUUUGUUAUGAUUGAAAAAUUUAAAAUUUUAUUCCAAGGAAUGGUUAUUGGAUUUGCUCAAUCAAAUGGUACAGUUCAAAUAUCUUUAUUAUUAUUUGCAGAAUUAAGUUAUUUAUUAUUAUUAACAUUUAUAAAACCUUUUUUCAAUAAAAAUCGGAAUUUUUGGAGUAUUUUCGUUUCAAUAGCUUCAUCAAUUAUAGUUGGAUUAAAUAUUCCAUAUAUUAGAGAUUUAAAUGUUGAAGGACCAAUGAGAGGUAUUAUUGGUGAUGUUCAAUUAUUGAUUAUAGUUAUAUCUCUUCUUGGGUUUUUCAUUUUUUUCGUUUUAAGAUUAACAAAAGUUAUAUUAUUAAAAUUAAAAUAUAAUAAUAAUUGGAUUGAUUAUGAUCCAUCAAGGAAAAGUUCAUUAGAUGAAGAAUUUAUGAAUGAAACUCGUGGUACCACGAAUGAAAAAUUUAAUGAUUUAAUUUCUUAUGAUAAUGAUGAUUAUUAUGGUGAGAAAUAUAAUGGUAAUUUACCAUCAUUUAAAAUUAAUGAUUAUAAUAAUAAUAAAGAUUUAGAACCAGAAUUUUCAUUUGAAAAAAAACCAAUAAUAAGUCCAAUAAUAACAUCAAAUUUUCCAAGACCAAGAUUAGAAAAUCAAAAUCAAAAUCAAGAAAAAAAAUUAUUAUCAAGAAGAAAUUCAAAUUCAGGUAAAAGUUCAAUAAUUGAAUUAACAGAUUCACGAGCUUUACCAGGAUUAUCAUUAAAUUAUUUAAGUUCAAAUGAAAAUUUACCAAAAGUUAGUCCAAUUGAUGAUGAAUAUUUAGCAAAUUUAGAUAAAAAUGAUUCAGAAGUUCAUAAAUUAUGGGCAAAAAGAAAAAUUAAUAAAAAAAAAAGUAAUAAUAAUAUUAAUGGAAAUUUCCAAAGAUAUGAUACAAAUUCAACAUAUAGUAAUAGUUUAUUUACAAGAAUUAAAAAAUCAAUAGAUCAAGAAUCAAGAGAUGAUAAUUCAACAGUUAAAGAAUCAGGUUUUGCAGUUAUGGGUAGAAAACCUAUUCAAAUUAAAACAGAUACAAUUCAUGAAACAUAA